AGAAGCCCACUACCACACAAUCGAAUCAAAAAAGAUAAAAAUAAACAAGGGGUUGCCCUAUGCUUUAGAAUAUAUACAUCGACGAUCUCAGUCUCACAUCCAUUGAUGUCAUCAAGCGAAGCCAACAAAGUAAUCUGCGGCACGCCAAGAAGAAGUUACAACGACCCGAAGUACUUGACUCAGAAAAAACUUGUUAAGGAUCUUGAAACAUACCAAGAAGCAGUCUUAGUUGGUCUUCUCAAUUCAUUCUGCUCUUUCACCAUCUCAAGGCCAAGAAAGCAAUGCAGUGUAGCAUUGUCUUCUGCUAAAAUCAAGUCAAUUCACUUCCCCACAGAGACAAUCGAAAUUUCAAAACUGGCAGAUGAGAAAUUUAAACCAAUUUACGAAGAAGAGCUCCGAAAGGGUGUUGCGAAGCCAACGGCGUUCAGAAGAUAUGAAAAGAACAAAAGAAUAUUUAUUCAUAAUUUGCUCUUUGAUAUUGCCCUUGAGCUUGGAUUCUUCUUCGACUCGAAACUCUCGCGAAAGUCGGCAAAGACAUAUUCAAUUGAAAGAAUCGAACGGAUUUAUUACAUGGGAAAGCUUGUAUUUUCACUUGACCAGAUGGUUGUCAAAGGAAGUAUGAUCAACAGUUAUCUUUACGAUUUGGUCAGCUUUGGGAUGAGCCAAACAAUACCCGUCUUCGAUGACGGUGUCCAAGGCCUCCUGAACGAACAGUCAAAACAUCAACAACCUGUAACUUUGUAA